AUGGACGCCGGUGAAUGGUGUCUGCUCGAAUCCGACCCUGGCGUUUUCUCGGCUUUGAUCCGCGAGUUCGGAUGCACUGGUGCUCAGGUGGACGAACUCUGGUCUUUGGACGCUGAAAAUUUUGAACCGUUGGGCGAGGUCUUUGGCUUGAUCUUCCUUUUCAAAUGGGAUGGAAAGAAAGAAACCGCCUCAAAAGGCAAGGUCGUCAACGACAUGGAGCACGAGAACCUCUUCUGGGCGCAGCAAGUGAUCAACAACGCGUGCGGCACACAAGCUUUGAUCUCGAUUUUGCUCAACAUUCACGGCAAUAAAAUCACUCUCGGCGAGGAGUUGGAGAAUUUCCAAAAUUUUACGAUUGGAAUCGACGGCGAGUCCAAAGGCUUUGCCCUUUCCAACGCCGAGGGCAUCAGAAAAGUGCACAACUCCUUCUCCAAACAGCAGCUUUUUGAACUUGAAGAGCCAAAGAAUCAGGAGAAAGAACUUCCUUAUCAUUUCGUAUCAUUCGUGCCCGUCAACGGACGAUUAUGGGAGCUCGACGGCCUCCAAAAAGGCCCAAUUGAUCAUGGAGAGAUCUCAUGCGAGAACUGGAUUGACGCUGCUAGACCCGUUCUCCAAACAAGAAUGGCGCAAUACCAAGAAGGAGAGGUCCAUUUCAACUUGAUGGCCUGUUGUGAGGAUAGACUAGUUAGAUUGGAGAAGAAGCUUGCUGCGGAGACAAUGGACUUUCCAAAAAGCCAAAUUCAAAUGGAAAUCGAAACCGAGAAAGAAAAGAGACUGACUUGGGACAAGGACAACGCCAGAAGAAAGCAUAAUUUUAUGCCUAUGGUUGUUGAGAUCCUAAAGCAAAUGGCUGAAAAGGGAAAUCUCGUUUCUCAGGUCGAAAAGGCUGAAGAACGUACUAAAGAAGCCAUCGAAAGAAGGAAAAAGCUCAAGGCCGCGAAGCAAUAA